ACAUAUUAAACACUCGUCAGUCGCCGUACCGUCAAGGUCUGCCAGUCGCAAUCGUAAUCAAGAAUUUCCCUCAAAGUGUAAAAUGGUGUCCAGUGUAAAGCUCUUCUUGGCCCUCACCAUCUUGGCCACUCUGGCCUGCACGGGCUAUGCCAUCAAGUGCUACCAGUGUGAAUCGGUGACCAAUCCCAAGUGUGGCGAGAAGUUCGAGUCGGACGACAGUCUGCUGCUGGACUGCGCCAAGAUUGCACCACCACGCUUCCUGCAGAGCUUCUUCCCCGUUCGCAAUGCCACCGGUUGCAUGAAGAAGCUCAUCGAUACGGUUCCCGAACACCCACAGGUGGUGCGCAGCUGCUACUUCGGGGACAUCAGCAACACCAAGACAGGUUGCACAUCGGACCCCUCCCUGCCCUUCACCAAGCAGCUGAGCUGCGAUGUCUGCACCAAGGACGAGUGCAACGGUUCUGCCACCAUCGGCCCCAUUGCCGGCGCCAUUCUGCUCUUCUUCGGUGUGGCUCGCCUGCUGGCCUAAGAGCGGGGAGAGCGACUCUCUUUCCAUAUCCGUACUAGAUGUUGUGCGCUUUAAUCAUCGAAAUCUUUGAUAGGAUCCAUCCGCUUUGAAUUUUUCUCUUGAAUUUGAAUCUGAAUCUGUGUUUAUUGUUGUACACCCUUCGAACAUUUUUUUCUGCAUUCGAAUCGCUUUAUUUAUUUUAAAUAAACAUUUUGUUAGUUGUCCACU